GGAACCUGGAGAGCUUUCGCGUCCUUCCAACAUGGCGGCGCACCUGAAGAAGCGAGUCUAUGAGGAAUUCUCCAAAGUGGUUGUCCAGUCGCAGCAGCAUGAAGAAAUCACAGCCAAGAAACUCCGCCUGACAAAGCCCAGCAAGUCCGCAGCCCUCCACGUGGAUCUCUGCAAAGCUACCCUGCCCGCCGAUGCGCUGCAGUACCUGCUGCAGUUUGCCAGGAAGCCGGUCGAGGCGGAGAGUGUGGAAGGAGUGGUCCGGAUCUUGCUGGAGCAUUUUUAUAAGGAGAAUGACGCUUCUGUCAGACUGAAGGUUGCUUCCUUGCUCGGCUUGCUGUCCAAGACGCCUGGGUUUUCCCCUGACUGCAUUCUGGAUGACGCUGUUAACACCCUUCAAAAUGAGAAGUCCCACCAGGUUCUCGCUCAGCUGCUGGAUACUCUGCUGUUGAUCGGGAUGAAGCUUCAAGAGAGCCCGGUGGUAAGGGCGCGCCUGGUGGAUGUCGCCUGCAAGCAUCUGACUGAUUCCUCCCAUGGAGUACGGAACAAAUGCCUCCUGCUGAUCGGCUGCCUUGGGACCGUGGAAAAAGGUGCCUCGAAAGAAGCAGAAGCCCAGCCUGCCAAAGACGUCCAGAAGAUCAUAGGGGACCAUUUCAGCGACCAGGACCCUCGAGUUAGGACUGCAGCUAUCAAAGCAAUGCUCCAGUUGCACGAAAGGGGAUUGAAGCUGCAACAGACAAUUUAUAGCCAGGCCUGUAAACUCUUAACGGAUGAUUACGAACAGGUCCGGAGCGCCGCGGUUCAGCUGACCUGGGUCCUCAGUCAGCUUUAUCCAGAAAGCAUUGUUCCAAUCCCCUCGUCUAAUGAAGAAAUCCGCCUAGUAGAUGAUGCAUUUGGGAAGAUUUGCCACAUGGUCAGCGAUGGCUCGUGGGUGGUGAGGGUUCAAGCUGCUAAGCUGUUGGGAUCCAUGCAGCAAGUCAGUUCUCAUUUCUUAGAACAAACUCUCGACAAGAAGCUGAUGUCUGAUCUCAGGAGGAAGCGCACAGCCCACGAACGAGCCAAAGAGCUUUAUAGCUCCGGGGAGUUUUCAAGCGGCAGAAAAUGGGGGGACGACGCUCCCAAAGAAGAAAUAGACACGGGGGCUGUGAACUUAAUUGAAUCAGGCGCAUGUGGAGCCUUUGUUCAUGGCCUGGAAGACGAGAUGUACGAGGUCCGGAUUGCUGCGGUCGAAGCCCUCUGCAUGCUAGCCCAGUCUUCGUCCUCUUUUGCGGAGAAAUGCCUCGACUUUCUGGUUGACAUGUUCAACGACGAGAUCGAAGAAGUUCGGCUGCAGUCGAUCCACACCAUGAGGAAGAUUUCCAACAACAUCACUCUCCGAGAAGACCAGCUGGACACUCUGCUCGGGGUCUUGGAGGAUUCUUCCCGGGAUAUACGAGAGGCGCUCCACGAGCUGCUCUGUUGCACCAAUGUUUCGACAAAAGAAAGCAUCCACCUUGCCCUGGUGGAGCUCCUGAAAAACCUCACUAAGUAUCCCACCGAUAGGGAGUCCAUCUGGAAGUGCUUGAAGUUCCUGGGAGGCCGACAUCCCACCCUGGUGCUCCCACUUGUUCCAGACCUGUUGGGUACCCACCCGUUCUUUGAUACCCCAGAACCUGAUAUGGACGACCCAGCUUAUAUUGCAGUCUUGGUUCUCAUUUUCAACGCUGCCAAAUCAUGCCCAACGAUGCCAGCCCUCUUCUCGGACCACACCUUCAGGCACUACGCCUACCUUCGGGACAGUCUUUCACACCUUGUACCUCCUCUGAGAUUGCCAGGGAAAAAGUUGGCGUCCUCGCCCGUGUCCGCCAGUCACGCUCUCCCGGAAGAUCCCUCGCAGGAGUUCCUACAGCAGAGCCUGGAGAGAGUUUUCAACCUUCAGCAUUUGGACCCACAAGGCACUCAGGAGCUGCUCGAGUUCACUAUUCGGGACCUUCAGAGGUUUGGAGAGCUCCAAUCCGAGUUAGCUGGGAUGGCCGACUUCUCAGCAGCCUAUCUCCGAUGUCAGCUGCUGCUCAUUAAGGCUCUCCAGGAGAAGCUGUGGAACGUGGCCGCCCCGCUGUACUUGAAACAGAACGCUCUGGCUUCUGCUGCGGCAAAACAGAUCAUGGAAGAAACCUACAAGAUGGAGUUCAUGUACAGCGGCGUGGAGCACAGGCAGGUGGUCAUCAUCCACCACAUGAGGCUGCAGGCGAAAGCACUGCAGCUGAUCGUGACGGCACGGACUUCGAGAGGGGUAGAACCUCUUUUUGGAAUGUGUGAGAAAUUUUUACAAGAAGUGGACUCUUUCCAGAGGUGUUUUAUUGCUGAGCUCCCUCAUAUGCAAGACAGUUUUGUGGACAAGCUCUUAGACCUGAUGCCCCGGCUGGUCACCUCCAAAUCUUCCGAGGUCGUCAAGAUCCUUCAGACGGUGUUGCGGCAGAGUAGCUUCCUUCGCCUCCCACUCCCAGAGAAGAUCCAUCGAGCAACAGCCACCAUUAUUGAACCAGCGGGAGAGUCGGACAACCCACUGCGAUUCACAUCGGGGCUGGUCGUCGCUUUGGAUGUUGACGCGACUCUAGAACACGUACAGGACCCUCAGACCACAGUUAAAGUUCAGGUAUUAUAUCCUGAUGGGCAAGCCCAAGUGAUCCACCCUAAGCCUGCCGACUUUCGAAAUCCUGGACCAGGAAGGCACCGAUUAAUUACUCAGGUGUACCUCUCGCAUACUGCCUGGACAGAGCCGUGUCAGAUCGAAGUGCGGCUGCUCUUGGCGUACAGUUCUGAUAGAAACAAAACUCCCGCGAGACUCUCACGCAGCACCUGGGGAGACGGCACGGAGCUGCUCCCGCCGUCCGAGAACGGCAUCGAAGGGACUAUUCCGUUCAGCAAGCCCGUCAAAGUGUACAUCAUGCCGAAGCCAGCCAGACGGUGAAAGCGCAUCUUGAAAGAACCUUUUUUUAAUAAAAUAAAGAUUGAUGAGCUUA